AUGCUGCGCGGCGAUCACAAUAUCCGCGCUUCCGUGGAGGCGAUCGGCCACCACUCGCGGAAUGGAUCCCUGCCGGACGCGAUGCGCGCCUUCGAUUCCAUGCCGGCCUGGAACCUGGUGGCCUGGAACGCGAUCCUUGCCGCCUGCGCUCGCGGCCGGGAGCUCGACCUCGCCGCCGCGAUCUUCCGGCGCAUGCCCGAUCGAAAUCUCGUGUCCUGGAACUCGAUCCUGGCGGCGUCCAUCCGGGCGGGGCGGCUGGAUAGCGCCGCGGCGAUAUUUCGCGAGAUGCCGGCCAGGGAUCUUGUUUCUUGGACCUCGAUGCUCGGCGCCUACGCGCAGCUGUGGGGGAUGAUCCACCAGGCCGAGGAUUUCUUCCGCGAGGCGAUGCCGCAGCACGAUCUGAUCUCCCUGACCUGCAUUGUGACGGCGUUCGCCAGCGCCGGGCAGCUCGAUCGAGCCAAGGAAGCGUUCGAUCGCGCGCCCGCGAGGGAUCUCGUGCUGUGGAACUCGAUCCUGGCUGCCUACGUCCACGCCGGCCGAGUCGACGACGCGAGGAUGACGUUCGAUCGCAUGCCGGAGCACAGCCUCGUCUCCUGGAAUUCCAUCAUCGCUGCGUAUUCCCAUCAGCCGAUCGAGGCCGCCAGGCUCUUCGCCGCGAUGCCGGAGGAGAAUCUCGUGUCCUGGAACUCUCUCAUUGCCGCGCACAGCAAGAUCGUCGACGAGGCCGCCAAGAUCUUCGUUGCGAUGCCAGAGAAAGACCUGAUUUCCUGGACGACGAUGCUCUCUGCCUUUGGCGAAAGCGGCCGGAUCGAUGAAUCGAAGCACCUCUUCGAUCGAGCGCCAGAGAAAACCCUAGCGCUUUGCAAUGCGAUGCUCAAUACAUAUGCCAGGCACGGGCAUCUGCAGUGCGCAAAGAGCAUACUCGACAACAUGCCGGUCCACAGCCUUUCUUCUUGGAGCUCUUUUCUUACAGCAUAUGCCAGUAAUGGGGAUUUACAUGCCGCUAGCCAGAUAUUCUCUUCUCUUCCUUGCAAAGAUUCUAUCCUUUCAACCGCCAUGCUCGCGGCAUUUGCCGAUAGAGGGCAUUUGCAAGAGGCAAGGCAAAUCUUCGCCGCUAUGCCCGAUCGCGACGCCAUCGCCUGGAACACCAUCCUCGUCGCCCACGCUCGCGCCGGCAAGCUCCACAGCGCGGAGAAGAUCUUCGAUCGAAUGCCCCACGGCCAGCGCGAGCUCAUCGCGUGGGCGACGAUCCUCACGGCCCACGCGCAAGCCGGCAUUCCCAACCAUGCCCGCCGCGUCUUCCACGAGAUGCAAGCGUGGGAUCAUCUCGCCCACGACGCGUGCUUCACGAAUUUCCUCCUGGCUUGCAGCCGCGACGGCCGGGUCGAUCAAUCGAGGCAGUGCUUUGGGUCGAUGAGCGUGGAUUUUGGGCUGCGCCCAUCCAAGCAGCACUACUGCUGCGUGAUCGACGCGCUGGGGCGAGCCGGGCACGUCGACGAUGCGUACGGGCUGGUGGCGGGCAUGCCGUACGUGGCCGACGCCGUGGACUGGCUUUGUUUCUUGAGCUCUUGCAAGAGCUCGUGCAAAAGCUAUGGCCAUUUCCAGCGCAGGAGGCUCGCCGUGGAGAAUGUUUUAGAGCUCGAGCCGCGCAAUGGGCCGGCCUACAUUGUCCUCGCAAACGCUGCAAGGAUCGAUGGGGUGGACCUUCGCCCGAUCACUCCAGAAAGAGAAGAGAAAACAAACAAUCGUUGA